AUGCCACGCCGGUGCCACACUAAAUCCAGACGGGGUUGCGUACAAUGUAAAGAAAGACAUGUUAAGUGCGAUGAACGACGACCAACAUGCAGCCUCUGUGUCCGUCGUGGAUUAUCAUGCAUCUACGUAGCACCCAGACCCAGAAAAAGACCUUCUUCAAAUGGAGGAUCCCCCAAGAAUAACGGCUCCGACAGAGCAUCAUCUCACUCAAGUGGCUCCGAUCCAGAUGGCUUCUCACGCUUACCACGGUUGAAGGAAAUGAGCCUCUUCUAUCAGUGCUGCGAGUCGACUCUCCCAUCCAUCUCAAAAGAUGAGAAAGGCGGCCAGUUUUGGGAGAAAGUUCCUCAGUUCGCUGUCACACAUGAUCACGUUAUGGAUAGUCUACUCGCGCUGGCUGCUCUUCAUCUUGCCUCUGAGCAGGUCGAUCGCGGCGAGAUCCCCAGCUGGCUGGAGACCGCGUUAACAUACCAGACUCAUGCGACCACUGGUUUGAGGCAGGACCUCGCGACCAACCCACAGAAUAUCGAAGCAUCUUUUAUUUGUUCCUCUAUUAUUCUUAUUCUUGUCACUGCUUACCCCGGCAUUUGUUGGGAUGAUGCACCAACCGAUCCACUGAGUGAGAUCUUGACACUCCGUUCUAUUUUGAGCGGGGCUGCGUUUUUAUGGAUUCAAAUGGUUGGCCCGGAGAGUGGGUGGCUCGAUGAUUGGGUUUAUCGGGAAGGAAAUAACAGGCUCGUGGUGGCUAGAGCAAAAACCAUUUUAAUGAAAUUCCGCACUCUGGCACCCAUUAUCGAAGCCAACCCAGGACCAAAUUCGCAAAUAUAUCGUGAGACAUAUACACUUCUACUUCGGAGUUUAGAAACUUGGCCAUCUGGACAAGGCAGCCUAGUCUGGCCCAUCCGGGUGAGCGAAGAGUUCAUGACCCUCGUGCAGCAAGGAGAUUGGACAGCCUUGAUCUUCAUCUUAUUCCAUGGAUUAGACAGGCAUUUAUCCUCUCAGAAGUGGUAUGCUCGGGACUCAGGAAAAAGAUUGGUCCAUGGUGUCAUUCGGAAAUUCGGGACGACGAUUCCAUUAGAAUGGAUGGAUAUGGUUGACUGGGUUGGGAGAGUGGUUGAGGUAUAA